AUGCCAGGCAAGGAUGGCUCGAUCAUUCUUGAUACCACGGAGACGAUCAACAACUUGAAAAUUCGCUUUCGGAUCAGUGGCCCAGCAGGUGAAUUCACAACGGCAAGUAAGGUACCUGGAGGCGGCAAGGCAACAGGCGCCAAGAGCAAUCUCGGGCUCCACGUUUUACUACACGGCGACGGUGGUCAAUCCUUCUUCAAAAUGCCCAACCAAGGCGUAAACAAUAACCUGGCGGGCGUCGCAGUACUCUCCCCGGACAAGAACCUUCACUGGGGAGGUGGCUCCGGUUUCAAUCGCACAGACGGCGUGGCACACGCGCAGGCGGUCAACGAUCUGGUCUUACACACCUUGCCCAAGUACAUGGCCUUCAACUCCUCCAACGUCUUCUUCUCUGGAAUCUCUGGCGGGUCUCUCCUGCUCUCCGGCUUCUUUAUGCCAGUACACAUUGGCAAUUUCGCCGGGAACGGAGUGAUGCUGGGCUGCGGUGCGAUGGAACCCCGCGUCGAAGUUUCGCAGGCAUCUCGUGACGCUCUCGUAAAGACGCGGCUUCACUACCAGAGUACGCAAAAGGAGCUGCAACACCUCCAACCAUCAAUAUCCGCUACUAUGAAGGCAUACGAGAAGGUUGUCAAGGACAUGGGCAUGAAGACGGAGGCCAUCAACAAGCUUCAGACGGCGAAUAACAAGCCAGAUGGGGGCCAUUGUCAGUUCGAUGGAAAGGGCUUCAACUCCGGAGUUCAACUGAUUGCGGACAACUAUCCUGCGAUCAUGCAAGGUGGAAAUGGUGAGGUGCCUGGCAUUGGAAACGUGCUGAAAGGUGUUUCUGGACAGGAGUUGAAGUUUUCGGGUGGCUCUCCUUAA